UAGAUAUACACCGAGAAAGAUGUUGGGAUAUGGAGCGCUGCAGUGUUGGGCUAGUAACAGCAUAGGAAUGCAAAAAACACCCUGCAUCAUCCGGAUUAUCCCCGCUGGUCCACCGGAAUCUUUAAGAGAUUGUGUUGUAACAAAUCAAACAUUUGACUCUGUGAAAGUGGAAUGUCAAGCCGGAUAUGACGGUGGACUUAAACAGCAAUUUCAUUUAGAUGUGUACAAUUCGGCAAUCAAGCAUCUUCAAGCCAAUCUGACAGUAACAGAUGUGCCAAUAUUCACCGUCCAAGACCUACCAAGAGGAACAACUUUCGUUCUCUUGCUUUACGCUAAGAAUGCUAAAGGACAAAGCCAGUUUGUAACUCUGACGGCUACCACUUUAUCUCCCGCAGCGAGGAGGUCAGCUAGCUCCGAAGCGAGUGGAGUCACUCCAAUUCUAGGAGUUCUUAUUGGUGUUGUUGGAGCCUUGGUGAUCAUAGCUGUCGUUGUUAUCGUCGUCAUGAAACUCCAAAGCAACGAUUCUGAUAAAGGUUAUUCUCAAUAUUACGCCGUUGCUGGAGGGAAAAUAUCGUUGCCUUGUAACGUAUCCUUCUCUUCGGAAGAAGGCUCGGUAUCGCUCAUUCUGUGGUAUAGGGGCGAUACCGGGGUACCCAUUUAUACAUUCGAUUUGAGAAGAGGUCCUUUGAAAGAAGCGAGACAUUUUCCAAGUUCUGAUCUUGGUGCAAGAGCUUAUUUUGACACUUCUUCCAAAAUACCUAACUUAAAUAUAAAUCCAGUUCAAGUGGAAGACGAAGGAGAUUAUAAGUGCAGAAUUGAUUAUAGAAGAUCGAGAACUGUUAAUUAUAAUGUGCGAUUAAAAGUAAUAGUGCCUCCAAAAGAAAUUAUAAUUUCUGAUGAGAAUGGAGAACGUCUAAGAGAUGUUAUUGGACCAUACGACGAAGGAACAUUUCUUACAUUGAUAUGCGAGUCAACAGGAGGUAUUCCUUCGCCUUCUGUAACUUGGUGGAGAGGUUCUUCACUUUUAGAUGACAGCUAUUUUAAUACAUCUGACGGUGCUGUAAGAAAUGAACUAUUAUUACCAAGAUUGCAUCGUUUCGAUUUAAUGGCUGUCAUUACUUGUCAAGCAUCGAACACCAAUUUAACGUCGGCUUCUACUGCUUCGGUAAAAAUGGAUUUAAACUUGAGGCCCUUGAACGUACGAAUUACUACUUCCUACCGGCCUGUCUCUUAUGGAAAGAAAUUGACCCUGGUAUGCGAAUCCAGCGGAUCCAGACCACCUGCUCAUCUGACCUGGUGGAUAGAAUACAAGAAACUGCAGAGUGGAAGAAACACUGUUUCUGGAGAUAAUAACAUCACCACAAGUACCCUCACCUUCCAACCGAGUAUUAGCGAUAAUGGCAAAUAUGUUUCCUGCCGUGCAGAAAAUCCUAAAUUAAGAAAUAGCGCCAUUGAAGACAGAUGGACAUUAAAUAUUUACUGUAAGUGAGUGUUUUAUAAAGCUCAUUUCUGUAAUUGAAUAGAAAUAUCCGCUAUAAGAACUUUCUAUCUUGUAAUCAAAUUAUACGAAAACUUUUUUGAGAACGUAAGGACAAACUUUUCAUUUUCGUCAUCAGCAAUUUUUAAUAAAUUUCGAAAUAUUGAAAAAAAAUCAAAUAUUU